AUAAAGAUUUCGGACAAUGGUAUUCGCAGGUUUGUAGGUGUGGUGAGAUGAUGUCAUACUAUGACAUAAGUGGAUGUUACAUUCUAAUGCCGAAUGCUAUGAAGAUUUGGAAUAUUAUGCGAACUUACUUUGAUGCUGUAUUGGAGAAAGCAGAAGUCGAUGAGAGUUAUUUCCCUCUGUUUGUAUCAGCUAGUGUUCUUGAGAAGGAGAAGAAUCACGUCGAAGGGUUUGCUCCAGAGGUUGCAUGGGUUACAAAAGCUGGUAAAUCUGAUUUGAAUGUUCCAAUAGCAAUUCGUCCAACGAGUGAGACUGUGAUAUAUCCUUACUUCAGCAAAUGGAUAAAGAGUCACCGUGACUUGCCUUUGAAAAUUAACCAAUGGAACAAUGUUGUUAGAUGGGAGUUUAGCAAACCUACUCCAUUCAUCAGGAGCCGAGAGUUCCUCUGGCAAGAAGGACACACUGCUCACGCUACAAAAGAAGAGGCAGAUAAAGAGGUUCUUGAGGUUUUGGACCAUUACCGUCACCUCUAUGAAGAGUAUCUCGCAGUCCCAGUUGUAAAAGGUAUGAAGAGUGAGAAUGAGAAGUUUGCAGGUGCACUUUACACCACAAGUGUAGAGGCUUUCAUACCAGAAACUGGUCGUGGUAUACAAGGUGCAACCUCACAUUGCUUAGGCGAAGAGUUUGCAAAAAUGUUUGACAUCAGAUUCACGAAUAAAGAAGGAAAAAAUGAACUUGUGUGGCAGAAUUCUUGGGCUUAUAGUACCAGAACGAUUGGAGUGAUGAUAAUGACUCAUGGAGAUGACAAAGGACUGGUGAUUCCUCCUAAAGUUGCACCAAUCCAAGUCAUUGUGAUCUCAGUGCCAUUUAAAGAUGUGGAUGCCAAUGAGAUAUCUAAAGCUUGUAGUGAUGUGAAAGAUGCCUUGCUCAAAGCUGGUAUACGUGCUAAAGAAGAUUUAUCUGAUAACUAUUCUCCUAAAUGGAAGUAUUCACAUUGGGAAACGAGAGGUGUUCCACUUAGAAUUGAAAUUGGACCUAGAGAUUUAGCCAAAGAUCAGGUCAGAACUGUGAGAAGAGAUAACGGAGUUAAGGCUGAUGUUCCAAGAGGAGGUUUAGUUGAACACGUUAAAGAGUUACUUAAAAAGAUUCAGCAAAACAUGUUUGAUGUAGCUAAGCAGAAGCGAGAUGCUGCUUGUGUAAUUGUGAAGACUUGGGAUGAGUUUGUUGAAGCACUUGGCCAAAAGAAACUCAUUUUAGCUCCUUGGUGUGACGAGAAGGAGGUUGAAAUGGACGUUAAGAGAAGGACCAAAGAUGAAGUUGGAGCAGCUAAGACUCUUUGUUCUCCUUUUGAUCAGCUUGAAAUUCCAGAAGGGACACUAUGUUUUGCUUCAGGAAAGCCUGCAACGAAGUGGACUUAUUGGGGCAAGAGUUACUAA